UCAAAACUGUCCUAAACCAUUCAAAUCGCGAUCCUACCACCACUUAAUCGUGAUAUUCCUCUUAUCAUCUCUCUCUCACUGUUGAUGCUUUGUUCUUCUCUCAGAGUUGAACUAAAAAAAGGUUGUCUGAAAAAAUAUUCGAAUUUUCGAAAAGACUGAUGAUGACUCUUAACUCACUCUCUCCAUCUGAAUCCAUCUCUCUUUCUUUCUUGGAUACCUCCAGGUUCAACCAAACCCCUAAACUUCCAGGUGGGUUUAGUUUGAGGAAGAGAAAUCAAUGGAGAGGUUUUGGCAAAGGAAUCAAGUGUUCAGUGCAGCAGCAGCAGCAGCAACCUCCUCCAGCUUGGCCUGGGAGAGCUGUUCCUGAGCCUCCUCGUCAAUCUUGGGAUGGACCUAAACCCAUCUCCAUCGUUGGUUCUACUGGUUCUAUUGGCACUCAGACAUUGGAUAUUGUAGCUGAGAAUCCUGACAAAUUUAGAGUUGUGGCUCUAGCUGCUGGCUCCAAUGUGACCCUCCUUGCUGAUCAGGUAAAGAGAUUUAAACCCGCACUUGUUGCUGUUAGAAAUGAGUCAUUGGUCAAUGAGCUUAAAGAGGCGUUAGCCGGUUUGGACUAUAAACCUGAGAUUAUUCCUGGGGAGCAAGGAGUGAUUGAAGUGGCUCGUCAUCCAGACGCUGUAACUGUUGUUACCGGUAUAGUAGGUUGCGCAGGACUCAAGCCUACGGUUGCUGCGAUUGAAGCGGGAAAGGACAUUGCUCUUGCAAACAAAGAGACGUUAAUCGCCGGUGGUCCCUUUGUGCUUCCACUUGCCAACAAACAUAAUGUUAAGAUUCUUCCAGCAGAUUCAGAACAUUCAGCUAUAUUUCAGUGUAUUCAAGGUUUGCCUGAAGGCGCUUUGCGCAAGAUAAUCUUGACUGCAUCUGGUGGAGCUUUUAGAGAUUGGCCUGUUGAAAAGCUCAAGGAAGUUAAAGUAGCAGAUGCGUUGAAGCAUCCUAACUGGAACAUGGGAAAGAAAAUCACAGUGGACUCAGCUACGCUUUUCAACAAGGGUCUUGAGGUCAUUGAAGCUCAUUAUUUGUUUGGAGCUGAGUAUGAUGAUAUAGAGAUUGUCAUUCACCCUCAAAGUAUCAUACACUCCAUGAUUGAAACACAGGAUUCAUCUGUGCUAGCUCAAUUGGGAUGGCCUGAUAUGCGUUUGCCUAUUCUCUACACCAUGUCAUGGCCUGAUAGGGUUCCUUGUUCCGAAGUAACUUGGCCAAGACUUGACCUUUGCAAACUUGGUUCCUUGACAUUCAAGAAACCAGACAAUGUGAAAUACCCAUCAAUGGAUCUUGCUUAUGCUGCUGGACGAGCUGGAGGUACUAUGACUGGAGUUCUCAGUGCAGCUAACGAGAAAGCUGUUGAAAUGUUCAUUGAUGAAAAGAUAAGCUAUUUGGAUAUCUUCAAGGUGGUGGAACUAACAUGCGAUAAACAUAGAACCGAGUUGGUAACAUUACCGUCUCUUGAAGAGAUUGUUCACUAUGACUUGUGGGCACGUGAGUACGCUGCGAAUGUACAGCUUUCUUCUGGUGCAAGGCCACCAGUUCAUGCCUAAUGGUUGAUAUUUGAUGGAGAUGAGCUUGGUUAAUAAAUGAUGUAAAGGAGAUUUAGUGCAGAUAAUGGGUUACAUUAACACCGUUUUUUGGCAAGGAUUACCGAUUCCAAGUUGUACCUAAAUUUUCUGUGAUCCGAACAAAGCCAAACCGAAAUUUUAAACCCAUAAACCAAAUAAAACUGUUUUUUUUUUUCCUUUCUCUUGAGAUUGAUAUUUCAGGUUUCUGCACAUAAAUUUUAAAAAAUAUUUUAGUUUUAGAAAUAUAUAUAAUAAACAUUGUUUUACUACUUACGUAAAUGAUGUUUAAUUAUAUAGUAA